AUGGACGAGGCACAUGGGGGCGGCAUGGUUUCCGCAAUUCUUUCCUCGGUUGUGCUUCUUCUGCUGCUCGGACGGACCGCGGAUGCUCAGAGGAGCUUGGAGUUCUUCGAUCUACUGCCAGAAGACCCCAAGCUUUACGAUAAAAUGCGACCGCCGAAGAAAGACGGACAGGCGACCGUCGUUUAUUUCCACGUCACCGUUAUGGGACUUGAUUCCAUAGACGAGAAUUCAAUGACCUACGCAGCUGAUAUAUUCUUCGCUCAAACUUGGAAAGAUAACAGGUUACGAUUACCAGAAAACAUGACAUCCGAAUACAGAUUACUGGAAGUCGACUGGCUGAAGAACAUGUGGCGGCCGGAUUCGUUCUUCAAGAACGCCAAAUCGGUGACAUUCCAAACGAUGACUAUACCGAACCACUACUUAUGGUUGUACAAAGACAAGACUAUUUUAUAUAUGGUCAAGUUAACUCUGAAGCUAUCUUGCGCCAUGAACUUCUUGAUCUAUCCCCACGACACGCAAGAAUGUAAAUUACAAAUGGAGAGCCUGUCGCACACGACGGAUGAAAUGAUCUUCCAGUGGGAUCCUGACGUGCCACUCGUUGUCGACGAGAAUAUCGAGCUACCGCAGUUGCAACUGGUUAAGAAUUACACGGCCGAUUGCACGCAAGUCUAUUCUACUGGUAACUUCACUUGCCUCGAGGUAGUAUUCGUCCUGAAACGUAGGCUUGGCUACUACUUGUUUCAUACUUAUGUUCCUACUUGUCUGAUUGUUAUCAUGUCGUGGGUCUCCUUUUGGAUAAAACCGGAAGCUGCGCCAGCCAGAGUGACACUGGGCGUAACUUCAUUGCUAACCCUAUCGACGCAACACGCGAAAAGUCAAGCGUCUUUACCUCCCGUUUCGUAUUUAAAGGCCGUGGACGCGUUCAUGUCGGUUUGCACGGUCUUCGUGUUCAUGGCGUUGAUGGAGUAUUGCCUGGUGAACAUCGUUCUAGGUGAUUCAGAUACGCCACCGAAACCGGCCGCUCCACCUCCGCCGCCAUCUUCCAGCGGCACCGAUGCAGCGAAGCUCGACAAGAUCUUCGACAUCGCCACUAAGAAAUCGUCAGCUGGUCCACCGCCAGGCCCUACACCCGCCCAGAGGGCGCGGAUGCGUGCUCUGAACAUCGAUCGUGUCUCACGGGUCUUCUUCCCUUUCUUAUUCGCCGUGUUAAACGUAACAUACUGGAUAAUUAAGCAUUCGAGAUAAAAAACGGGUGUUGUAGGAUCAAUCCAGAGAGGAGAUAUGUCACCCACGGAGGUGAUCGAAGAGCGCCAUUAUUGGCCAAGGCUGACCAUUCCUAGCCAAAGAGGCGGACAGGCGAAGAGGAAGCACCCAUGCGAGCAGAGCUCGUGUUAUCCCGCCACCGGAAAUCUGUUAAUCGGACGAAAAAAUCGAUUGAGCGCCUCUUCUACUUGCGGUCUCACGAGACCGGAAAGAUAUUGCAUCGUUUCACAUCUAAAGGACCGGAAGAAGUGUUUCUUCUGUGAUACAACGAUGUCAAAACAACAGCACAAUAUAGAAAACGUUGUUACCGAGAAGAAUUGGUGGCAAGCGGAGAACGGCGUGGAGAACGUCACGGUACGAUUUGAUCUCGAAGCGGAGUUUCAUUUCACCCACAUCAUUAUCCGCUUCAAGACGUUCAGGCCAGCUGCCAUGUUGAUCGAGAGAUCGUACGAUUUUGGUAAAACCUGGAACGUGUAUCGGUACUUCGCGCACAAUUGCGAACAGUACUUCCCAGGAGCGUCUACUAAGCAACCUGAGAGACUUACGGACGUUAUCUGCGAGGCGAGGUAUUCCGGCGUGGCGCCAUCAACAGGAGGCGAUGUUAUCUUCAGAGUGUUGCCACGGAACUUGGAAAUAGACAACCCCUACUCGAAAGAAGUGCAAAAUCUAUUGAAAAUCACCAACCUUCGCAUAAACAUGACUAGGCUGCACACGUUGGGAGACGAUCUUCUCGAUGAUCGCGCUGAAAUUCGCGAGAAAUAUUACUACGCCAUUCAGAAUAUGGUGAUUCGUGGAUCUUGUUCAUGCUACGGCCACGCGUCCAAGUGUCUUCCGCUUCCUGGCGUCGCUCACGAGGAGAACAUGGUUGAUGGUAGAUGCGAGUGUACCCAUAACACAACAGGAUUGAACUGUCAAAAAUGUCAAGACUUCUACAAUGAUCUACCGUGGAAACCAGCCGUUGGAAAGCAAACGAACGCUUGUAGAUCUUGCAAUUGUAAUAAUCAUACAUCCUCAUGUCACUUCGACGAAACUGUUUACGAGAGAUCCGGAAGAGUGUCUGGUGGUGUCUGUGACGAUUGUCAGCACAACACCGUGGGGCAAAACUGUGAACAGUGCAAAUCAUUCUAUUAUCAUGACGUCACCAAAGAUAUAUCUCAUCCGGAAGCGUGUCUGCCUUGCAAUUGUGAUAACGGUGGCUCGUUGGAUGAUGGCAUAUGCGACUCAAGAACGGAUCUUCUUAGCGGAGACGAGUCUGGUCGUUGCCAUUGUAAAGCAAACGUGGAAGGUCGUGCUUGCAAUCGUUGCAAGAAUGGCUACUGGAACUUCGAUCCAAAUAAUCCUGAAGGAUGUCAAGCUUGUACCUGCAACACUUUGGGUACCAUUGACAAUCGAGGAUGCAAUAUGGUUACUGGCGGGUGUACUUGCAAGCGUUUUGUUACUGCACGCGAUUGUAACCAAUGUCUGCCGGAAUAUUGGGGCCUUUCGAAAGAUCCAGAUGGCUGCAAGCCGUGCGAUUGUGAUCUUGGUGGUUCCUACGAGAAUUCUUGCGACGUGGUAACUGGUCAGUGUCGCUGUAGACCUCAUAUCAGUGGUAGAACUUGCAAUCAACCUGAACAGAGUUAUUACACUGGAUCGUUAGACUUCUUGAUCUACGAGGGUGAAUUAGCAAGAGCCAGCGACAAUUGCCAAGUGGUGAUUAGAGAACCUCAUCGCGAUGGAAGGAACAGUACGUGGACUGGAACCGGAUUUAUGAAAGCUCUGGAGGGUUCAGUUCUAAAUUUCACGAUCGACGAUAUACGUAAAACUUUGUGGUACGAUAUAAUCGUACGGUACGAACCAGUCCAGACAGGAUCCUGGGAAAAUGUGCAAAUAAUCAUUGAAAGGGAUGGUCCAGUGGAUCCAAAUGGUCUUUGCGCUGAUUGGAGAAAGGAGAACGAUCAAUUAUGGGCACAGCUCCCACUAAGAUCUAGAAGUGUCGUCGUACAACCCUCUGUCUGUUUGGAAGCUGGCAAACGAUACAAUAUUUUGCUGCAAUUCCGUAAAUUUAACAACCACAUGGACACGCCUUCUGCCUCCAUUUUGGUUGACUCUAUCGUUCUGAGACCGAGAAUAGACGCAUUACCUUUCUUCAAGGCCCCAAGAAUUGGGGAAUUGCGUCGUCAAGAAUACGAAAAAUAUCACUGCAAUGAAUUCUACAACGAUAUUAAUUCUGUGUGGACCAAUGUUCCAGAAGUCUGCAAGAAGUACCAAAACAGCAUUGGCUAUUACGUUUACGAUGGUGCACAUUCUUGUGAAUGUAAUCCAACAGGAUCUCAUAGUUUACUCUGUGAGAAUUACGGAGGCACGUGCCCCUGUAAACCAAACGUCGUCGGUAGAAGAUGCGAUCGUUGCGCACCUGGAACUUACGGUUUCGGUCCACAGGGUUGUAUACCUUGCGAUUGCGACGGUGUGGGUGCGUUGGAUAAUUUCUGCGACGUCGGGACAGGUCGAUGCAAGUGUCGACCAAAUACUUACGGCAGGACUUGUGGUCAAUGUGAGCCUUACUUCUGGAACUUUCCCCAUUGUAAACGUUGCGAAUGUAAUGGUCACGCUGAUGACUGCGACUCUAAAACCGGCGCUUGCCUUGGUUGCCGUGAUAACACGACUGGACAUAAUUGCGAUCGAUGCACUGAGACUUACUAUGGUGAUCCAAGACUUGGCGUGGAUAUUGCUUGCAGAGCGUGCCCUUGUCCGGGAACUCCGAACUCCGGACACUCGUAUGCCGAGAGCUGUUCAUUGGAUUCGUUGACCCACGAUGUGGUCUGCGAGUGUUUCGACGGCUACACAGGUGCUCGUUGCGAGAGCUGUGCAGAAAAUUACUUUGGCGAUCCUGAUGUUCCCGGUGGUGCCUGCGAGCCUUGCAACUGUAACAACAACACGGAUUUACGAGUACCUGGAAACUGCGAUCCUCACACUGGUCGUUGCUUACAGUGUCUUCACAACACCGACGGAAUGAAUUGUCACAUUUGCAAGCCAGGUUUUCACGGAAAUGCUCUUCAACAAAAUUGUGAGGACUGUAAAUGCGACGUUCUGGGAACCGAUAAAAAUGCUGGACACUGUAACCAUCGAACUGGACAGUGUCCUUGUUUACCCCAUGUCAUUGGUGUACUUUGUGAUUCCUGCGAGGAAAAUCACUGGAGGAUUGCCAGUGGACAAGGAUGCGAUCCUUGUGAAUGUGACGCGGUUGGAAGCUUAUCCGACAGUUGUAAUGCAUUCGAUGGAACCUGCAAGUGCAAACCUGGUUUUGGAGGAAGACGUUGUAACGAAUGUCAAGCGAAUUACUGGGGCAAUCCAAACGUCGAGUGUCACCCGUGUGAUUGUGAUCUAACGGGCUCUGCCAGCCAACAGUGUGACAGAGAAACCGGAAGGUGCAUUUGUCACAAGGGAAUCGGUGGCGAGAAGUGCGACGAGUGUGAUCGCGGUUAUUAUGGAAAUGCACCUCAAUGCAACCCUUGUGGGGAAUGUUUCGACAAUUGGGAUACGACGCUGAGUGGUCUACGAAACAAGACGAAUCUCGUAAUCGACGAAGCUUCUCGAAUUCAAAAGGUCGGUACGACUGGUGGUAUCUACGGUCAAGAAUUCGACAACAUGGUUAAUUCUUUGGAUCAAGUGAAAGCAUUGAUCAGCAACGCUUCGAUCAGAAGCCAAGAUUUAGACGAAUUGAACGAUCUAGCCAUUGACAUGAACAACAGAGUGUCUGAGUCUACGAAACAAUUAGGCCAAGUGAACAAUUUGUUAGAAAAUGUCAGUCAAAGGGUGAACCUAGGAGAUGCCGCUCUAAAGACUUUGAAGAAUAGGAGGAACAAUUUGCAUCAAAUUGCAGCAGAUCUUAAGGAGAAUGCGACUAUAUUGCAAGAAGAAAAUGUACAAGGUGCUCUUAAUGUUACGCAGCAAAUGGCUGAACAGUCCAGACAAGCUGAGAAAAUGGCGAACGAUACCAGUAGCGUGUUGGCCGAUGCGGAGAGAUAUCGUAAACAUACGGACAGUCUAUUAGCUAAGAACCGUGCCUUUGUGGAAGAUGCACAGAAUAAGAACAGAGAAUCUUUGGGCAAAAUAACCGAUAAAUUGAAGAGUUUCGAUGGAAUAAUGCCUGGUUUGAAUUUGGAGAUGUGCGGAGAUAAUGUGACGGAUUGCAGUAACGUGUGUGGUGGCGCUGGAUGCGGUUUUUGUGGUGGUUUGUCUUGCGAUGCAGGUGCUGUGGCCAAGGCCAAUCGAGCUUUAGACGUGGCCAAGAAACAGGCUGCUAAGAUCAAGAGUCAUAAGGAUGAUGCUGGACAACUUAUUCGUAAUAUGGUUGAAGUGAAGCGUGAUGCGACAGCGGCAAGAUCCAACGCCCAAGACGCUUUCAAUUACGCCUUGAAGGCGCGCAAUCUAUCGGACAACGUGAGCAAAGACCUAUCGGACAUAAACAAACGAAUUCGCAGUACCCUGGACGAGGAUCAACCAACGCCAGCAAUGGUCAGAGAUCUGGCCAACGAAGUACUGGCUAAGAACAUUCGAUUGAAACCCGACAAGAUUAAAGAAUUAGCAGAUAGAAUAAAGAGUAUCGUUGGUUCCUUGACCGACUCGGAGAUGAUUCUCGCAGCCACGAAGAACGAUCUUCAGCUGGCUGAGGAAUUAAAGGAACGAGCUAACAGAACCAAAGAAGACGCUGUAGAGAAGCAAAUUCUAGCGAACAAAGUGGUCGUUUUGUUGAACGAUGCGCAAAUGGCUCAAGAUCGAGCGCAGCUGGCUAUUGAUAAGGCUGAACGUGACGUCAGUAGAUCUGAAAAGGAUCUGGAAGAAAUCGCGGAAGUGACUGUUGGGGCUCGAAUGCAGGCGAACAGCACAAUACAGACUGUCGACUCGUUGGACGCCCGUUUGAAGCAACUGCAAACGCAAUCGGCGAGAAACAACUUUGUGCUGAACCAGGAAAUAGGCCACGAAGCGCGUAACGUGACUAACGAGGCGCACAUAGUCGAUACUAAGACGAAGGAUCUCGCCAAAGAGUAUAGACAAGCUGACGAGUUGCUGAACAUGAGGGUGAACAAGAGCGAAGGAAACAUACUGAGGGCCAAGAAACUCUUGCAGAAGGCAUCUGAGCUAACUGCAGAUACUUCGACGAAAUUUAAGGAUCUGGAUGGCAUGGAGAGUGUUUACAAGGAUAAUGCGAGGACGCUGAUAGAUUUGAUGGGGCAAGUUGACUCGUUGACUGGAGAGAUGGAGAAAUAUCUGAUGGAAAUUGAAAUAAAGGCGCAAAAGUAUAGGCAGUGUACUUCUUGA